AUGAAUUCAUCAACACCGAAGAGGACAUAUUUUCUUCGAAGUACCGAUCGAGCAGCCGCGCAAGCUUUUCCCACUCCAAAAAAGCCAUCUAGCACUGCAACCGAUAAGAAUGUGCGAAUCUCACUAAGAAAACGUAACACUCCAACGGAAGGAGGAAGAGGUCAGAAGCGACAAAGAACACAGCAGUCUCAUGGGCCUCCGUUCAAGUCACCCGAAUGUAUUAAUCCACCCAAAAAGACUGUCAUUGAAGAGCAGCGGGUGAUCGUCUCACUACCUGCACGUAUGUCAUUAGAAAUGGAAACACCAUUUGGAAACUUUGGAAAACUCCCAACUGACGUGGUUAUUCAAAUUUUGACCAGAACACCAUACAACCUUCUGGGUCGAAUGUCAAUGACUUCUACUUCUUGGAAUAGAACCGUUGUUUCCUAUAUGAAAACUGGAUCUUUCCGACUUCGUUGGAUAACAGAUAUCGAGAAUUCUCAGGAUUCAUUCAAUAAUGUUACUCCUGGAUCAGAUUCCCUGUAUUUCGCAAUGGGUGCUCUCAUCAAGUUCAUCACAGCGAACGACAAAUGGAGUACAAGACUACAUUGCCUGAGAACUUUUUUGGCUUUGUCGUACGAAGUUGGAGCGCCGAUUGCCGGAUUGGGCAAAAUGAUUAAUGCGUUCGCAAUUCGUCCGGAUGAAGAAGUUAUGAUGGAUCAGAUUGACGACAUCGUCGAUAUGGUUUUUUCCGUUGUUGGGAGUUUGAAGGACGAGUUGAACAGCGUUCUAGUCAGGCCUGAUGUGGAAAGGCAGUUGGAGAACAGAGACAAUUUGCACGUUUGGUUUUACGAGAUUGAGCUCAGAAGAAGAACGUUGGCACUCUUCCUCAACAAUGGAACAACCGACCCCGCCCUUGGACUCAACAAGUACUUUCUGAGCAGUCUGAUGAAAAUUUUUAAAGACCUCCGUGGUGCUAUGCCAACCGCUCUUUUCUAUUUGCUUUUCUCGCCCACGAUUUUUCAUGAAAAUGAAGAAGUUAUAGACUUUCACCGCUUGUCCCAAAUAUCCGUUUUGGAUAUGGAAGACACUGUCGAGUUGAAGCAAUUCACAAGAGCCAUAUACGCUCUUUUGCGUUGUAAACAACUGGACAACUCGGUUCCGUGGAGCAAGAACACUGUUUUCAAUUUAAUGGAGGAAAUAACAACGUACCCAAAUCCAUGGUCUAUGAACACCUUCGUCUCGUUGCAUGUCCUCGAACCCGAACUUGUUCCGAUUGGAGUAGUAGCAAGAAUGAACAGAAAUCAUGAAGACGAGGCGGGAGAUAUGAUUUGCACAAUGAAAAUGCUUCUUCACCGUUGGAACAUGGACGUUCAAGGAGUGAUGGAAAAUGCUAUUGAAGCUAUAAAGGCUGCUUUACGUCCCAUCCAGCGACGUACACUUUUCGAUCGGUGCUGGGAUUGGCAUCAAAGGAAUAUAGAUGACCUACGUGUUCGAUUCGGUCCUUACUCUGACAUUCGUGCUGAAAUCGAGAGUCAAAUUGAAGUGAUGCCGGUGUUGAUGAAGCUAUUGUAA